UCUGGUAUCAGGCACAACAGAAGAUAAACCGUCAAGCCUUCGAGGUUUCAUAUCCUCUACCUUUGGGAGAUCGAUAGGACGAGCGAACACCAAGCUUCAUUCACCCAACGACGAUGUGGAACCAACCCAACCGCAAAACUGAUGUGGAAGCCGGAGGAGCGAGGCCUCUCUACCCUAUGAUGCUCGAAAGCCCUGAACUUCGGUGGUCUUUCAUUCGCAAGGUCUACUCAAUCAUAACAAUCCAGUUGCUCGCCACAAUCGCUGUUGCCUCCGUCGUCGUCACCGUCCACCCAAUUGCGCACUUCUUCGUUUCAUCCCGCGGCGGCUUGGCUCUCUACAUCAUCCUCAUCAUCACCCCUUUUAUUGUCCUAUGCCCCCUGUUCUAUUACCACCAGAAGCACCCGGUAAAUUACGUGCUUCUUGGAAUUUUCACGAUUUCUCUGGCUUUUGCUGUUGGAUUAACGUGCGCCUUCACCAGCGGGAAGGUUAUCCUUGAAGCGGUCAUCCUAACUGCAGUGGUUGUGCUCAGCUUGACCUUCUACACCUUCUGGGCUGCUAGGAGAGGCCAAGAUUUCAACUUCCUCGGCCCCUUUUUGUUCGGUGCUGUGAUAGUUCUAUUGGUCUUUGCUCUGAUUCAGAUUCUCUUUCCGCUGGGUAAGAUAUCAGUGAUGAUCUAUGGGUGUCUAGCAGCCAUUAUAUUUUGUGGUUACAUUGUUUAUGAUACAGACAACCUCAUCAAAAGGUACUCCUAUGAUGAGUAUAUCUGGGCCGCGGUGUCAUUGUACCUGGACAUCAUCAACCUCUUCCUCGCUUUGCUUACUAUCUUCAGAGCUGCCGAUGGCUAAAGAGAUAAUCGUUGCACGUAUUCCUUCCCAUAAUCUUUUUGCCAUAUAUCAGCCGGUGCUAAAAAAGAAAAAAGAAGUCAUGUCAAUAAAUGCACGUGCCUAUACUUCAUGUGUAAGCUUAGGGAGAACGUAUGCAAAUGAGUCGUGUCACUACACUGGUAAAUAGUUGUUGAAACGGAAUUGUAAAUACGUUUCCGAAUGUCUUUACUUUUUCAUUUGCAAUGAUAGAUUCUUCUAUUGCAAGUCGAGGGAGUAAAUUUAUCUACCUUA